AUGGCGUCACAAUCUACUCCAGAAUCUGUUUUUGACCACGUUAUUCUUUUAAUUCCCCAUUCCCAACUCAUUUCACUUCCACAAUGGCUGUCGGAUGCUUUCACUAUCCUUGAAGGAGGUGUGCAUGAGGGUGGCAUGACUGAGAAUAAGAUCGUCGUCUUCAAAGACGGCGUCUACCUGGAACUCAUUGCUUUUGUUGAUGGCUUGAACCCCCAGCAUAGAGCCAUGCACCCGUGGGGUAGGCAGCCCGAUGGACAUAUUAUCCACUGGGCCCACACCAUCCUAAGUCACGAAGAGGAAGAAGGUUCAAACAAUUCUGAAGAGAAAUUCCGUGCUGUUCAAGCCAGAAUCCAAGAUUCUCAAGUGGGAAUUAAGUACCUGGAUCCAGAACCGGGAUUUAGGACAAUGGCAGAUGGCUCAAAGAGGACUUGGGCCAAUGCGAUACCCAACUUUGACAACUACAAAGGGCCAAUUUAUGUCAAUCAGCAGCCUUUCUGGACUUUUGAUCGGACCCCACGAUCUCUCCGAGCUCCCAUUACGCCAGGGAAUGCAUCUCAUCCAUCGGGUGCAGUUGGUGUUGCUGGAAUUUCUCUCUUCAUUAAAGAUGAAGAGGUCUUAACCAACAUGGUUCCCUUUUACAAUGCCAUUUUCAACAAGCCUGGUGUUAACGAGAGCCCACAUAAAAAUGUCACACGAUAUAGUUGGGAGGCCGCGGCGCCCGCUCAUCCGGAAUUUGGCCAAAGGCAUUUCUUCCUCUACCAUGGUACCAAGGAAGCCUUUACGGAGGAAGAGAUGGCGGAAGCGAAUGGGGUAGUGCCUGAUAUCUUUAUCAAGCUAUCUUUGUAUACCAAAGGGAAGGGCGGUAGUGUUAAGGGGGCGCUUGUAAAGGGAACACUGAUUACUUUUGAACUAAUUCCUAUUCCAUCUUCGUAG